AAAAAAAAUUCUCUGGCAACAACAGCUCAGAAAUAGUGUCUAGUUUAAAAGAGUCAACUAAAAUGUAUGUUUGUGGUGAAACAUUCAACAGAGUGGUAACAACACAACAAUGAACAAAAUCCUCGGAAAAUACUUUUCAUCCAGAAACGAUGUGGUGGUGAUUUAUUGUUGACAUAACAAAUGAGUACAAGAUCUUACGUGGAAUGCUAUCGUACUCUGCCUUGUGGCCGUUGGGAUGCAUUCUACAACAGACUUUCGAGGGCAAACGAUGGCAUAACUAUGAGUGGGAUCGAUGUCUUCGGUAUAGUAUGUAUGGCACGUUUAUAUCCGCCCCGAUGCUAUACUCGUGGAUGCGUCUGGCCAACAUAAUGUGGCCUCGAACCGAUUUUCGAUCAUCGCUGAUAAAAGCAUUCACCGAACAAGCCGCGUACGAUCCUUUUGCUAUUGUGUUUUUCUUUUAUGGAAUGAGUAUUCUGGAGCGUAAAAGUCAACAACAGGCGGCCCGUGAGGUGCAAAACAAAUUCUGGGACACUUACAAAGUAGGAUUUUUCUAUUGGCCUGUAGUACAAACUGUGAACUUUUCAUUGAUACGAGCAAAGAAUCAAAUCAUAGCAGCCGGAUUUUUCAGUCUAAUCUGGACCACUUUCUUGGCUUAUGUUAAAUCCAGAAAUCCUGAACAAACAAUGGAGUCUAUUACACAGGAAGGGCCACAACAACCUAAGUCAAAACGAUCGACAAAUCCGUAA